AAGCCGAUCAGCUGAUGAAACUGGGAACAACAUCUAAUGAAAUGUAGCUGUCGGGCAGCGAAAUUAUCUUAACAAGCUAUACAUAAUAACGGUGUCUUUGUGCUGAAUAAAUUGCACUGCAUGCCAUGUUGUCUAUUAAAAUAUUAUUGCGUAUUUCUCUGUAGAAGCAACGGUUUAGGUUACGAAACAGCCGCCGUCCGCCGGGAAAACAAUCUAGCUGCCAGUUCUUGGUUACUAGGUCCAUCUUUUUGGUUUGACGAAGGAUUGUGUUGAAGGUUUGGUGCUUGAGAAAUUGGCCGUUGGGGUUGAUGUAGAGUAACUGAAAAAUACGCAAGUAUCAUCUUUUGUUAUAAGCGGAUUUGUUGAUGUUUUUACACAGUCACCAUUGCCUAUUUCUGCUGUCAAAUUGGCUUAGCCAACAACAAUAAUAACAACAGCUAACCGUACAGUAGGCUAACUAGCAGUAGCAAGAUAAUUACAAUGUUAUUGCUGUUUGACAGCUAACGAUUACUUGCACAUGGGGCUUGUAAGCUAGCUGCAUGUCUGGACAUGUAUGUAGGAAGUCGUUGUGAUUGUUUUGCUGACAGACAGGCACCUCUGUAGAGUACUUUGAUGACAUAGGUCACUUUGACAUAGCCAUAUCACAGUUCAUAUUAAAUGUCCAUCUGCUAAGUGUUUUGGGGAGUAUAGAAGAGACACCACUACUAGGGGGAAAAAACGCAUUAUGCGCUAGAGAAGAAUACAUUUAAAUCUUUAACACUAUAGAAUAUAGCCAUAAACAUAUUUCCCAGCAGUUUGGUUUCGCAGUGCAGUUUUAGACUCAUCGGGCACAGGUUAUCGACAGAAAGGUGCACUUGUUAGCAGUAGCAUACUGAAGUGAUCAUUAUGAGUGGUCAAGGUCCGUCGGUAGAUAAGGGGAUGAACACCAUCCUGGUGUGUCAGGAGAGCUACGCCUGCGGUGGCUCAGACGAGGCCGCCUUCGAAUGCGACGAGUGCGGAAGCCUGCAGUGCGUCCGGUGCGAGCUAGAGCUCCAUCGUCAGGAACGCAUGAGGAACCAUGACCGUGUCCGCAUCGCCGCGGGACACGUUCCAUUCUGUGACUCUUGUAAGGGCGACAGCAGCGGGUGUGGGGUGAACGGGGGCAGGCUGAGGGCGGUGGUGCGCUGCCAGGGCUGUAAGAUCAACCUGUGUCUGGAUUGCCAGAAGCGGACCCACAGCGGGGUAAACAAGAGGAAGCACCCCGUGACCCCCUACCCUCCUCCGGGUCAAGCCCAGGAUAGUAGCCUGGAGGCUGGGGAUGGAGGGGAGAUGGAGGCCCUCAAGGCAAAACUGGAGAAGGUGUGCAGCUUCUUACUGGUGGAUGCGAAGGAGGAGAUGCAGUUGAAGGAUGAGGAAGACUUUGUGAGCCGGCUGGACUGUAGGCCUGAGGAACUCCUCAAGGUCGUGUCUAUCUUCGGGAACACAGGAGAGGGGAAGUCCCACACCCUGAACCAUACCUUCUUCCUGGGGCGGGAGGUGUUCCAGACGUCCCCUACUCAGGAGUCAUGCACCGUGGGGGUCUGGGCUGCCAUGGACCCCAUUCACAGGGUGGUGGUGAUCGACACAGAGGGACUGCUGGGGGCAGGAUCCAAUCAGGGCCAGCGCACCCGGCUGCUCCUCAAAGUCCUAGCCGUCUCCGACCUCAUCAUCUACCGUACCCACGCCGACCGUCUCCACGACGACCUGUUCAAGUUCCUGGGCGACGCGUCGGACGCCUAUCUGAAGCACUUCACCAGGGAGCUGAAGGCCACUACGACCCGGUGUGGCCUGGACGUCCCUCUGUCCACUCUGGGACCAGCUGUUAUUAUCUUCCAUGAGACCGUUCACACCAAGCUACUGGGCUCAGACAACCCAUCAGAGUCUGCAGAGCGUCUGCUUCAGGAGCGUUUCAGGAAGCUGGGUCUUUUCCCCGAGGCCUUCAGCUCCAUCCAGUACCGCGGGACUCGAACCUACAACCCCCCGACAGACUUCAGUGGUCUGCUGCGUAGCCUGGAGCAACAGUUAGAUAACAACACUACCCGCUCACCACGUUCUGCUAACGUCAUAUACAGAGCCCUGCAGGCCCUGAGUGAGCGUUUCAGCGGGGAUAUCCCAGAAGAGCACCUGGCCAGUAACUCUUUCUUCCCUGAUGAGUACUUCACCUGCUCUAGUAUCUGUCUCAGCUGUGGGUCUGGCUGUGUGAACAGUAUGAACCAUCGGAAGGAGGGAGUUGACCACGAGGCUAAACACCGCUGUCGCUACUCUGCUCAAUACGACAACCGCAUCUACACCUGUAAAGCGUGCUAUGAGGGAGGGAAGGAGGUGAUUGUGGUUCCCAAGACGACAGCCUCCUCUGACUCUCCCUGGUUUAGUCUGGCCACCUACGCCUGGUCUGGGUAUGUGAUAGAGUGUCCCAACUGUGGGGUGAUCUACAGAAGCAGGCAGUACUGGUACGGGAACCAGGACCCAGUGGACACAGUGGUCAGGACUGAAAUACAACACAUCUGGCCUGGGUCAGAUGGUUUUCUGAAGGACAACAACAAUGCAGCUCAGAGACUGUUGGACGGUGUGAACUACAUCUCCCAGAGUGUGUCAGAGCUCAGUGUAAAACCUGCCAAAGCUGUCACUUCCUGGCUCACCGACCAGAUUGCCCCGGCCUACUGGAAAUCCAACUCCCUCAUCCUGAAAUGUUGUAAGUGCAGUGAGGUGUUCCAGGACAACGAUACUAAGCAUCACUGCCGUGCCUGUGGAGAGGGCUUCUGUGACGGCUGCUCCUCCAAGAACCGUCCCGUUCCAGAGAGGGGCUGGGGACUCGCACCCGUACGGGUCUGUGAUGCCUGCUUCCAGAACCGGGGCAUCUCAGAAGAGCUGCUGGAUGCAGCGUUGGAGGAGGAGGAAGGAGGGACACUCAGUAGGAGAGUAGGAGAGGCUGUUCAGAAUACACUGGGAGCUGUGGUCACCGCUACAUACAUCCCUCUGGGUCUGAUGAAGGAUGCAGCUCGUCCAGCCUACUGGGUUCCAGACCAGGAUAUCCUGUGCUGCUGUGAGUGUCAGAGAGACUUCUCCGCUCCGCGUCUCUCCAUCCACCACUGCAGGGCCUGCGGCCAGGGCGUGUGUGACGACUGCUCCCCUGAACGUAGAGCAGUGCCCUCUAGGGGUUGGGACCACCCAGUGCGUGUCUGCAACACCUGCCACCAGAAACCAGGGGACCUCUAGUAGGAGAUAGGGAACACAUUGGCACCCUAUUCAAAAGUAGGGCACUAUAUAUGGACUAGGGCGCCAUUUGGGACGCAGCAAGAGAAACAGUCAAGGGUUGUGUUCAUUAGGCUCGAAAUGAAAGAAAAUGCCCCAAAACAGAGAGGGACUAUCUGUACUUGCCCAAUAAGUCGAUUUUUUGUUUUCCCGCUUCUAAACCUUUUUGCUACGGUGUGCCCUAAUGAACACGACCCGGGUUCCACCUAACGCUGUGGAACUCCCGUCUCUCUGUGGCUCAGGCCAGGGAGUUCUUGUUAUUCAUUGUGAUGUCAUCCGUCCUAAAGCCUUGGAACGUCACUUUAUCCUUUGACGAGAGAGAUACGUUCCUUGGCUUAAAGAAGAAGUUCAUUCCACGUUUUAAGAUGAUUAGCCUAAAUAACUACCAACCUGUAUAAUAAUCUUGGACGCUGGGUGGUUGUAUAUGUACUUUUAAACGGCACGGACAGACAAUAAUAGAAUGGCAUUAAUUCCUAAUCGACUGUAUUUAUUUUAUAUACAGUACCAGUCAAAAGUUGACACACCUACUCAUUCAAGGGUUUUUCUUUAUUUUUUACUAUUUUCUACAUUGUAGAAUAAUAGUGAAGACAUCAAAACCAAGAAAUAACACAUAUGGAAUCAUGUAGUAACCAAAAGUGUUCAACAAAUCAAGCAUUCCAGGUGAAGCUGGUUGAGAGAAUGCAAAGCUGUCAAGGCAAAGGGUGAAUGAAGAAUCUCAAAUGUAUUUUGAUUUAACACUUUUUGGGGUUUCUACAUGAUUCCAUAGUUUUGAUGUCUUCACUAUUAUUCUACAAUGUAGAAAAUAGUCAAAACCCCUGGAAUGAGUAGGUGUGCAACCUUUUGACUGGUACUGUAUAAUAAUAUGGGAAGUUUACUAUAGUGGGGUAAAAGUGAUUUGUUUGGUAUAACAAUGCUAUCUCAAGCCCCAUUUCUACCUGGUGCUAACAUGGAUCUUGACUACAUUCUGAUUUUGCCCACAUAUCCAUCCAAUGUGUCUGUUAACCAUCCAAUGUGUCUGUUAUCCAUUCAAUGUGUCUGUUAUCCAUCCAAUGUGUCUGUUAUCCAUCCAAUGUGUCUGUUAUCCAUCCAAUGUGUCUGUUAUCCAUCCAAUGUGUCUGUUAUCCAUCCAAUGUGUCUGUUAUCCAUCCGUUAUCCAUCCAAUGUGUCUGUUAUCCAUUCAAUGUGUCUGUUAUCCAUCCAAUGUGUCUGUUAUCCAUUCAAUGUGUCUGUUAUCCAUCAGUUAUCCAUCCAAUGUGUCUGUUAUCCAUUCAAUGUGUCUGUUAUCCAUCCAAUGUGUCUGUUAUCCAUUCAAUGUGUCUGUUAUCCAUCCAAUGUGUCUGUUAUCCAUUCAAUGUGUCUGUUAUCCAUCCAAUGUGUCUGUUGUCCAUCCAAUGUGUCCGUUAUCCAUCCAAUGUGUCUGUUAUCCAUCCGUUAUCCAUCCAAUGUGUCUGUUAUCCAUCCGUUAUCCAUCCAAUGUGUCUGUUAUCCAUCCGUUAUCCAUCCAAUGUGUCUGUUAUCCAUCCAAUGUGUCUGUUAUCCAUCCAAUGUGUCUGUUAUCCAUCCAAUGUGUCUGUUAUCCAUCCGUUAUCCAUCCAAUGUGUCUGUUAUCCAUUCAAUGUGUCUGUUAUCCAUCCAAUGUGUCUGUUAUCAUCCGUUAUCCAUCCAAUGUGUCUGUUAUCCAUUCAAUGUGUCUGUUAUCCAUUCAAUGUGUCUGUUAUCCAUCCAAUGUGUCUGUUAUCCAUCCAAUGUGUCUGUUAUCCAUCCGUUAUCCAUCCAAUGUGUCUGUUAUCCAUCCGUUAUCCAUCCAAUGUGUCUGUUAUCCAUUCAAUGUGUCUGUUAUCCAUCCAAUGUGUCUGUUAUCCAUCCAAUGUGUCUGUUAUCCAUCCGUUAUCCAUCCAAUGUGUCUGUUAUCCAUCCGUUAUCCAUCCAAUGUGUCUGUUAUCCAUCCAAUGUGUCUGUUAUCCAUUCAAUGUGUCUGUUAUCCAUCCAAUGUGUCUGUUAUCCAUCCGUUAUCCAUCCAAUGUGUCUGUUAUCCAUCCAAUGUGUCUUAUCCAUCCAAUGUGUCUGUUAUCCAUCCAAUGUGUCUGUUAUCCAUCCGUUAUCCAUCCAAUGUGUCUGUUAUCCAUCCGUUAUCCAUCCAAUGUGUCUGUUAUCCAUUCAAUGUGUCUGUUAUCCAUCCGUUAUCCAUCCAAUGUGUCUGUUAUCCAUCCGUUAUCCAUCCAAUGUGUCUGUUAUCCAUCCAAUGUGUCUGUUAUCCAUCCGUUAUCCAUCCAAUGUGUCUGUUAUCAAUCCAAUGUGUCUGUUAUCCAUUCAAUGUGUCUGUUAUCCAUUCAAUGUGUCUGUUAUCCAUCCGUUAUCCAUCCAAUGUGUCUGUUAUCCAUCCAAUGUGUCUUAUCCAUCCAAUGUGUCUGUUAUCCAUCCAAUGUGUCUGUUAUCCAUCCGUUAUCCAUCCAAUGUGUCUGUUAUCCAUCCGUUAUCCAUCCAAUGUGUCUGUUAUCCAUUCAAUGUGUCUGUUAUCCAUCCAAUGUGUCUGUUAUCCAUCCAAUGUGUCUGUUAUCCAUCCAAUGUGUCUGUUAUCCAUCCAAUGUGUCUGUUAUCCAUCCAAUGUGUCUGUUAUCCAUCCGUUAUCCAUCCAAUGUGUCUGUUAUCCAUCCGUUAUCCAUCCAAUGUGUCUGUUAUCCAUCCAAUGUGUCUGUUAUCCAUUCAAUGUGUCUGUUAUCCAUUCAAUGUGUCUGUUAUCCAUCCAAUGUGUCUGUUAUCCAUCCAAUGUGUCUGUUAUCCAUCCAAUGUGUCUGUUAUCCAUCCAAUGUGUCUGUUAUCCAUCCAAUGUGUCUGUUAUCCAUCCGUUAUCCAUCCAAUGUGUCUGUUAUCCAUCCAAUGUGUCUGUUAUCCAUCCAAUGUGUCUGUUAUCCAUCCAAUGUGUCUGUUAUCCAUCCAAUGUGUCUGUUAACCAUCCGUUAUCCAUCCAAUGUGUCUGUUAUCCAUCCGUUAUCCAUCCAAUGUGUCCGUUAUCCAUCCAAUGUGUCUGCAUCGUGACCAAACCUCCUGGUCUCUUCCUUUAUGAAAAUUAUUUAACAGCUAUUCUUUCAAAAAUAAUAUUUAUAUAUUGUAAGACACAUAUUGAUGUAAUCAGUCAAUUGUGCUACUUGUCAGUGAUUUUAAAGGGCAGAAUGAAGAUUUAAAAUGGUUUCUCUGCCCAGAUCUGUCUACACUUGUAAGGUGUCUGACUACCUCCAGAGGUGGGCAGGAUGAUCUGAUCACAAUGUAUUUUUUGAUUGUCUACACCAGUCUGAAAAUGUGGGCACAAUCAGAAUGUAGACAAAAAUCAGGACAAAGGACGCAAGUUAAAACCAGGUAUAAACGGGGCUAUUGAGUGACAGACUGACUGUAGAAUAGAUUGCUGAGUGGGAACCAUAGAACUAGAACGAUUAGAAAUUGAACCAUUCUAAUUCUAUGAUAGGAGUUGCCUUCAAAUAGUAAAUGGCUCACAGAGUGUAGAAUAGCUAGUGUGAAAGGAUAUCAACACUCUUUGGGGCUGGACCCUGAAACAUUCACUUCAUAGUAUCACAUAUAAACCAUUACACCACCUGAGACUGUGGUAGCUAGCUGUGCUUAAUAAGAUGAACUGAUCUAGCCUGGUCCCAGAUCUGUUUGUGCUGUUUUGACAACUCUUAUAUGUACAAUAGGAGUUGGCAAAACAGAUUUAGGUCCCAGGCUGAAAAGUACAGGGUAGGUGCAGAGUAACCAUGGAAUCAGCUGUAAAGUUCUAGAACAGGUAUCAUGAUUCAUCUCAUAUAGAAGAACACUGCUUAAGAUAGACUGAAGAUCAGAACUAUUUGUCUGUUUUAAUGUACCAUGUGUGCUUACGUAAUAAACUUGACAACCUCAGGGUGUGGUUAUAGAACAAGCUGAA